AAAGCAGGAAGGAUGCUACACACGUAGCCACACACACACUCACACACCGUGCUUCAUAGUACAACAUGAAGGGUCUCACAGUGAGUAACGCGUGCCGGUGUGGCUUAUUGACUUACCUUCUCUUCUUCUCUCUCACUUCUUUCACCUCAGCAGUCAGCUUCGACCUGACCGAGCUUCGGAAUAAAGUGGCCAAAAUUAAAGUCAACCCCAGAGGGAAUCUGUGGGCAACAGGACAUUUCAUGGGCAAGAAGAGUGUGAUGGACAAUCCUCUGCUCCCUGCUGAGGGCCAAGGUGAGGGGGGUGUGGAGGUCGCCCUGCCGGGGGGGCACGGCUCGCUCAGUGAGCUUUUCCAGGACUUCCUGCGGGUGGCGAUGCAAACACAGGUGGACUCGCAAGAAAGCCGUUUGAAAACUCAGGAGGCGGACAUCCUGAUGAGGAUUUUAGAGAGCUCCAUGCAGAGAAAGUAACGCAGAGGAUGGAUGAAACCAUGAUGGCCGUCGUCACAUUGCACAGUCCGCUGUUCAUGAUUGUAAUCCACUACUCUCAUUUUCGGCUCAUUUGGUGCCAUUUGCUCUUCUUUUUUGUUGUUUACCAAAUGCUCUUGUUUGCGUAUUUAUAGUCAAUAAAAUGAUGAUUUCCACUGCUGUCACUCUGACCUGAGAGGAAGAAAACAUUUCUUUGGUAGACGUGUCAUCCAAUCACGAGUAAGCAGACCCGACGUGUGUGGUUGCAUAACAACCUUAUGAUGUCACUCUUAAGUUCAAUUAGGAUGGCUCGUGGAUUGUGACGUCAUCAUAUUUGUGUUCCGCUCUUGUGUGAGGCUCUGCCUAUUCCUGUGAACUUAAGCAGAGUGAAAACUUUCUUCCGUUGCCUGCAAUAUCAUGUCCAAAAUAGCACUUAUAUAAAUGAAAAUAGGCAGAUUAUAUAAAUCAUGUUUCUGGUUGCAUGAACAAGUCGAUGUGAUGUCAAUGUGAACUUUCAAGCUAUUUCUGCUCAGAGUAAAAAGUGAUGAGAUUGCACUCCCGAUCGAUAAUGGUGAAGUGCUACAGCCUCGAGCUAAUCCCGGGGAUUUUAUUUAAAUAUAGUUUGAAUAUGGAACCUUAAAUGUGUGGGUGCUGCUGCUGUGGCUACGAGGAGGAAUGAUUGCUAAUGUUUGGCUUAUCCUACAGUAAAUCCAAUACACAAAUGUGCACUUUUAUUCACCUUAAUGUUCAUUUUGGAGGCUGUUGUUAAUGCAGCCAACAUGUUUAUCUCAUGUAUAUACUGUACAUUACCAGUCACAAGUUCGGAGACAGUUCUUCAUGCUAUUGAAUGAGCAUGUGUAUGCAAACUUUUGACUGGUACCGUACUGUGUGUGAGAGUAAUGGGAAA